CUUGUCAACUCUACUUGUCUCUACUACCACGUAUAUACAAAAUAAGAUUGUGGAUUCAAAUCAUUAAAUUGAAUAAAAAUGUGGUCAGAAAAUAAUUUAUAGGAGGCGUAGUUUCUAUAAAAGUAUCACGUUAUGUUUAUUUAAUGCGUGGUGGUCAAUGUUUUUGUUCAUAACAACUUAAGGGAGAACAAGCAUUGAAGAAUAGUAAUAUGCCUUUAUGAUGUGCCUACUUUACUUAAGAUUUAAAAUUUCCAAUUAAUUAUUUAUUUUUAGUUCAAGUAUCAAUAAGUUUCAAGUAAUAUUUUUCAUACUUUGUUAUUACAACAUGUGUUUCAAAUCUAACAGCCUGCUAUUGAAUUUGAAUUUGAAAAAUCAUAUUCGUUUAAAACGUGUUUUAGAACAUAGCAUAUACCUAGCAAUCAUUUUCAUUUUGUUGCCUGUAUUUAUUUAUUUUGAGCUUUGUAUUGUUUUACCAGCUGUAGUAGAAGAAUGGAGCGUACCUUUUUUGAUUCAUUACUGCUGUGCAUCAUUUUUGAUACUUAACAUAAUUGGAAACAUGAUUUUUGGUAUGUUUACUGAUACUAGUGUUAGAGGAAGAAUGAGUCAUUUUCGUAAUAAAGAAUCUUGGGGUUAUUGUUCUGAAUGCGACUUCUUUCGUCCACCCCGUGCAUGGCAUUGUGAUACUUGUGACUUAUGUAUUUUAAAACGGGACCAUCAUUGUACAUUUUUUGCUUGUUGUAUUGGCCACUUCAAUUACAGAUAUUUCAUCAUGUUUACACUGGAUGUGUUUGUCGCUAUGUUAUAUGCAUUUUAUUAUAAUGUACAGUUUUUAUCACAAUUCAUAUCAUGGAAUCAUGGGCUUAUAAUUAUUAAAUUUCUAUUUCCAUUGGCCAGUUUUGUCAUAGAUUUUGGUCCCGAGAGUGUUUAUGUAUUUUUGGUUUUGAUUAACUUUUUGGUAGCAUUGUUUACGGGUUUCUUAUUUUUCUAUCAUAUUAAUAAUGUUUUAAAUGGAAAAAUUACACCAGAAAAUAAAAAUUCUUUAAAAUCUGUUCAUGAUAAAGGUUGGAAGUGUAAUUUAAUAGAGGUACUUGGUACCAGAUGGCAUUUGACUUGGAUAUCUCCAUUCAUUUACAGUCCACUGCCUGGUAAUGGCUUUGAAUGGGAUAUUGAUGAUAAAACAGACUAAAUAUUCUAGUGCCUUAUUAGCUAAAUUCAUGAUGUUGAUAAAAUGUAAUUAAUAUUAAUUAUUAUUAUUAAUAUUUAAUUAAUAUUGA